ACUUCCCACCCCUGUAACUAUAUGUAAACAAUUGAAACAAAUCAACUUUAAAAACUAAACAAAUUAUAACAAUUAGAUAUAUUUAUUUUCAAAUAUCUAAGCGAAUUGUAAUCAUUUCCUUCAAAAAAAAUGAAAAAACAUGCAAAUAAAUAAUGAAGAUUAUAACCUAAAAGUAUACUUGUCAAAUACGACAUGAAUAUAACCUCAAAAUUUAAACGUCAAAAAGAAAAACAACUGUGCUUUAUAAACAUCAACUUCAAAAUAAUUGUGUGUUUAAUUGAAAAUAGAGAGUAGAAAAUAUAAACAAAAAUGAAAUAAUAUUAAUCCAAUAAUUGUUACGCAUGUGAAAAUACUGUGUUUAAGAAUGUUUAAAGAGAAAAAGAUGGAAGGAGUUUGGUGCGCGUGGAUUAAGCGCACGAUAUGAAUCCACUCCCUUUGGAGCAAUUGUGAUGUGGAGAUCAUCCUCCAAGAGGAAAGGUUUCGUAUAUUCGCUUUUAAAAAGUGUACAGUUUUUUUUUGUCUAUUAUAAUCAUCGAGGGAGUUUUAUUUUAAUUUUGUGAGUCGCAUUUUUUAUUGGAAAUCAAUUAAAAGUUGUUUCUUUCAAUAAAAAAAAAAAAAAUAAAAAAGGAAAACCUCGUCGGUUUCGUGUCGGCUUGGCUACGAAUGGCGGCUGUCAAAUCGUGGAAAGUGCUUUCAAAUGAAACAAUUUUGGAGUGUUUGGUGAUUUUCGCAAAAAUCAAUUCCUUCAGUUGAGAGGAUCUUAACAAGAGAAAACAGAGAAGGGUGUUUUGGAAAAAUUCUAUGAUUUCCUGUUUAUACCUCAUUAUUAGGUACUACUUUUAUGACAUCCGGAAAGGAAACCAUGGGGGAACAGCCGAUUUUCACGUGCAAGGCGCACGUGUUUCAUAUUGAUCCAAAGACAAAAAGAUCAUGGGUCUCAGCAUCCACAGCAGCAGUUACAGUUUCAUUUUUUUACGAUUCAACGAGAAGUUUGUAUAGAAUUAUUUCUGUGGAUGGCUCAAAGGCCGUUAUUAACAGUACAGUAACGCCCAACAUGGCAUUUACGAAGACUUCGCAAAAAUUCGGUCAAUGGUCAGAUGCAAGAGCAAAUACAGUUUAUGGUUUGGGUUUUUCAUCGGAAGCCGAAUUAGCCAAAUUCAUUGAAAAAUUCCAUGAAGUUAAAGAAGCUACAAAACUUGCUGGCAGUAAAUUGCAAUCGAAUAGUUCGUCCGUUACACCAGCUACUAGUGCUAAUGUUAGUCCAAUUACAUCUCGAUCUGGAAUGACUUCCGGUGAUCAAGAUUUGAUUGACCCACCAAAUUCAUCAAUGAUGAAUUCCAAUAUUUCGGCAUCAAGCAAUCAAAAUUCUAAUGCUAAUAUGAUAGCUACGCAAAAUAAUGUUUCAUCGGUGAGUAGCAGUCCAUUACCUGGUAGUGGUUGUCAGGUAAAAGAUGAAGAAUUAAAAAAUGCAUUACACGCAAGAUCGCAAAGUAUUUCACAACAAAAUACGGAGAGUCCUCAACAUCAGGGAAAACCAUCUCAGCAUAAUGCAGCUCAAAGUGGCCAAUCGGCUGAAAUGCAACUUAAAUAUGAAAAUGAAAGGUUGAAAUUUGCACUCGCACAAAGUUCAGCCAAUGCCAAAAAAUGGGAGGUGGAGUUGACUAAUUUAAAAACGAAUAAUGCGAGAUUGACUAGUGCACUUCAAGAAUCAACAGCAAAUGUCGAUGAAUGGAAGAGACAAUUGCAACUUUAUAAAGAAGAAAAUACACGUGUAAAGACAAGAUAUGCUGAUUUGGAAGCUGGUAAAAUUGCCGAAGGAAAUGUUGAAGCGUUAAGGUUACGAGUUGAAGCCUUGGAAAAUGAACUUAGAACGCGAAAUGAAGAAAUUAAAGCUUUAACAAUGGCAACUAAAAAUAAGGACUUCAUGGUUUUACAAAAGGAGAAUUCGGAGCUUCGUGAAAUGUUAAAUGUGGUCCAUGAACAAUUGGAACUUGCAUUGAGUGCCAAUAAAGUUCAAAAACAAAAUUUGGACACAUUAAAUGCCAGAUUAGCUGGACAUAUUCAAGAUUUAGUCACGGUACAUCGAGAAAUUUCAAAUACGUUACAAACUUAAGAAAGAGAGAGAGAGAGAGAGUCCUUUUUAAGAGAGACUUUUUUUUAUAACGACCAUUAGAUUUAUAAUAUGUGCGAAUGACUAUAUUAAUUCUACAAAGGGUUGUGUUGUAGCUCGAAUACCUGAUUUAAUCGCACUAUUUACAAAUUUACUGUCACAGAGUAAAUUUUACAUUUUUUUUUUUAAUUAUCAUUAUAUGAUAUUUAGUAUUUUUUAAAAGAUAGACAAUUUUUUAAAUUGUUUUUUAAUUUCGAGGCUUUUUUAAAAAAUGUUUCGUAAAUUUUACGAAACUUUCUGGAUGUUUUUUCUUUUUUUUUUUUUUUUGAAACUUUCUUUAAAAGGUGAAAUUUUAAAAUUGUUUAAAAAUUACUUUGAAGAUAAUACUUUUUUUUUUUUUUGUUAAAAAGUAAAACUUAAAAAAAAUUUUAAUUAAUGAAAACGAGGUUUUAAAAAUAUUCAAAUACUGUGUUCAUAGACAUUUUAUCGGAAAAGUACUGAACAACAUGAAUAUUUGAAUUUUGAGAUAGUUAUUAAAACAUAUCAUAAGAAUUCCAUUUUGCACAAACAGCAUCUAGUGUUUUCAGUACACAUUCUAUCUAAUAUGCAGAACACAAUCCAGAAACAAAAAAUAUGCACAAUGAUAGUACGAGUUAGUUAUUUUUCUUUGUUGAAAAACUAUUUAAUUCAAUUGUAUUUUAUAUCGAUGGAUAAAUAAUUCUAUCGCUACUAUUAGUGAUAAGUUACUUUAGAAAGUCAUACAUAUAUAAAUAUAUAUAUGUGUACUAACAAUUUAUUUUCAUUUUCAAUACAAUGAUUCUUGUGCUUCCAAUCGAAGAAAUAUUCGAAUAAGCCUGUAAGCUUUAUAUUUAAAUUUGUUUUUGUAUUUUCAAAAGCAAGAAUCUGAAAUUGCUUAUUAUUUUAUAAAAAAAAUAUUCUAUUCAAUAGAAACUCUGUACAAAUUAGUUUUAAUCUACAUUUUUAUAUAAUAUACUUUUGUGCACAAGAUUUUUUCCCCAAAAUAUAAUCACGCAAUCAAGACCAAUAAAUAGGAAAAAAAAAAAAAAAAAAAUUCUUAACCAAUAAAAUAAUUGUGAACAAUAUAUUAAAUAAUAUUAAUAAUAAUAAGAAAGCGAGUAGAGAAUUUAAAAAUAAUGAAACAACAUUUACUCGAAAAUAAUUGUCAGAUUUAGUGUUUAUAGUAGAAUAUUGUUAGAAAAGAAAUCAAGUUAGAAAUUAAAAAUCAUCUGUUAAUUGUACAGAGUUUCUAUUGUAUUUUUAGCUUGUAAUGUCAGAAGUGAUUUUUAGAAAAAUGAAACACGUUUUUUUUUAAUUACUAAAUAUUAUCUUUAUAUUAUUUGAACAUUAUUUAGUAUUAAAAAAAAUAUUGUUUAGUAAUAAUUAGUAUUAUUAAUUAAAGAGCAUAUUUAUAUGCAAUUAUUUUUUCAUGCUUCUGGCAUUGCAAAAAAAAAGGCUCAGGUGUGAAAGAAGAUAAUUUGCAGAACAAAUAUUAUAUAGAUACAACGAUAUUCAGGACGAUAAUUUUUGUUUGACUUUAAAAAUUUGUCAUGUUUUGUCGUAGGAAAUGAUUCUUUUAAAAAAUUGUUUCUAAUGUCCUGAAAUAUUAAUUCGAAUUUUAUUGUUUAUAACUGAGGUCACUGCGUAGUUAAUUUGUGAUUUGUCCAAUGAUUAAUUGACAUUUUUUUUUUUUUUUGCACAAUAGUGGCAAAUUUUAACAAGAUGCGUAUUAUAUACAAAAGAAAAAUAACUCAAAUUUACCAGCUACUCUGAAAAUUAAUAACAAUUUAAAGUUAGACCGAUUAGAAUAGCGGAAGCUUUAAAUAUGAUAAUUUAUGAAGAAAAAAAGAGAACAAUUUUUAUUGUAUUAUUAUUAAUGCUUUGUAUAGGCAGAAGAUGGAAAAAACAAAAAAAAAAAAAAUGUUAAAGAGAUGAAUUUUAAAUUUUGUGAAAUUGGGAGAGGAGAGCCUCGCUUGCCAUAUAUUGUAAUCUUAUUAAUAAUCCACGUGAAAGGCUUCCAGCCAUAUUGCUAGUGUUGUAAUUUUAUAAUUAAAGAACCGUUCAUUUAUAUAGUCUCUUUUAGUUUCAAAAGGCAAUUAUUUAUUAUAAUUGCUUAUUCAUUAUUGUUAAUUUAUUAAAGGAUAUUCAUUAUUACGUGAUAGUUUUUCGUAUACGUUUAAUGUUUUUUUUUUUUUUGAACAAAUAAUUUAACACAUACAGCUCUCUAGAAAAUUAUUAAUUUUUUUAAUUUAAAUUAAUUUCGAAUAACAUUUUUUAAACAAAAGUUUAUAAUUUUUGUAAUAUUAAAUUCAGAAGAAGAGAAAAAAAUAUGGUAUUUUAUUUUUAUAAUAGUACACAAUUUUUUAUAAUUAUAAUUUUUUUUUUUGUAAUAUUGUUACAUGUAUGAUAAAUACUCGUAGUUUGUGAGAUUAAUCUCUUAGAAAAUAAGAUCUGAGUGCUUCUGUACAUUCGCUUUAGCAAAGAUUUCAGCCAGAAAUGGAAAGAAUAUUUUUGCUUUCCAGAACCAAAGAAAAACUAGAAAAGCUCCUUCGAGAGAUUAUAAAUUUAUAUCGUCUGUAAAUUAUGUGUAAGUCUGACUGAAAUUUCAUCGAGUUUGACGCACAAUAUUAGAAAACUAUAAUUUUAAUGAAAAUAUAUUCUAUAUUACUUUGCUCAAGCAAUCGUUGAAGUACAAAUAACUGACUUUCAUUUUACAAAUAAUAAUUUUAUUAAUUACUAAGUGUCAUUAUUGGUAAUUUAUAUUAAAGUAUUAACUUUUUACCAAUAAGUAUUAAUUUUUAUUAAUAAAUAAGAAUAAUUAAUUGUUAAUUUUAAUAAUUAUUGUUAUAUUAAUAAUUAAUUUUAGUGUAAUAAAAUUUAAUUGCAAAUGAACGGUUCUUUAAUCAAGUCUGCUUAUUGUUAUAAAAAAAAAAAAAAAAUUCGAAUUUAUAGAAUCUCGUAUUUUUCUUUUUUGAAAAUUUAUCGAAAAUUUUCAUUUCACAGUACGUGCCAGAAAGAAUUUGUCGAGGGAGUCGUAUAUAUAUAUAUAAUAAAUAUGAAUAUAUAUACUGUAGUCAGAGAGUGAAUCUUGCAUUUUUUUUUUUUUUCAAAGGUGACGUAAUUUUUUUUGUCUUUUUUGUGGAAAAAAUUUUUUUUGAGAUCUAUUUAAUUGUGAAUCUAAUACAAUUUAUAAAGAGAAAAAGAGACGUUGAAUUAUUAUAUAUAAAAAAUGAAUUCAAUUGCCAUUAGGUGAGUCAUCUCUUAAAAAAGAAAAAAAAAUCGAACUUAUUGUUUGAUUUAGAAGAAAAAAUCUUGGAAAAAAAAAUCCAAUGCACUUAAAAUGCAUUUUUACUAUGAUUAAUAUGAAAAUGAGAGAUAUAGCAGAGGAGCCUUUUUAUCAUUAGCAUAUAUAUUAAUAAUAAAUAUAAAAUUUGUAAAUUGACCUAUUUAUCUUUUUUUGUUUUAUAGAGUGAAAUGAAUGUUGUAAGAAUUAUUGAAAGAAAAAAAUAACAAAUUGGCCAAAUGUUGAAUGCAAUAUAAGAACAUCGAAAAUUGAAACAAUAAUUCACUUACUGCAAGAAAUAUUUGUACUUGUUUUUUUAAAUUGUAAAAUAGCAAUUUAAAAAAAAAAAAUUGUACGCUGAUCUCAGUGAAACUCGAAGUUUUUGGUUGUUUCAAAUAAUGGAAAAAAUAGUUUCAGUCCAAAAAAAAAAAUUUUUUUUCUGAUUAAUUAAACAUUUUUAAAAUAAAUUAUUUAUUAGUGUUUAAAAGAAGAUAAAAGUAUUUGCUUUUUCUUUGUUAUUAAAAAUUUUUUAUCUUUUUUUUGUAAAAGAAAUCAAGUUUGUACAGAAAAAGGUGGACAUUGCCUUGUGCAGUGAAACGCUAUUAUUGUUCACUGCAUAAUUUUAAGAGUAAAAACUUUUCGAGACAGUGGACUUAUUUUUAUUUGUGCAUUUUGAAACUAUUUAUAAUUAUAAUAUAUGUUAGAAAAAUGGAAAUACCAAAAAAAUGGUUUUUUCCCCCUUGUAUGUAAUGCAAAGUGUUUUUUUUUAAUUUAGUUUUUAAAGCGCUAAAAAUCUAGAAUUUUCUGUAAAACAAAUGAGAAGUAUCAACAAUACUUUAUUAUAAAAUGAACGUUUUAAUAAUAUUUUAUUCUGAGAAAGUUAUAGCUCGUUAUAAUUGUAAUCAAAUAAUUGUCCUGAUAUGUCAUCAAAUUUGUUUCAAAAUGACGCGCACAAAACUUUUGUAUAUGAACCGUCAAGAAAAAAAAAAUGCACAAUAACUAACGUUAUAUUUUCUCAUUUCAUUUGAAUAAAAAUACAUUUUGCGUACAUUAUAUAAAUAUAUAUAUUUUUUUUUCCAAUUUAGUAAAUUUGGACCAAAAGAAAUUAUGUUUAUAGGAAAAAAAAAUUUAAAUAUAAUUUUAUUUAUAUUUUCAAAUUAAGCAGGACAUUAAUUAAUUUUACUUUUCAUUGUAAUAAAAAUUUUAAUCAUUAUAUAAAAGUAAUUUGUAUUUUAUUCAAAUGGAAAAGAGAAAAAAUUUGUACUAGAAAUGAUAAAAGGCUGGAAAUCGAUCAUGGUCGUUUUAUCGACGAUAGAUUUUACACUUUUGCUGACUUUGGUAAUUGUUGAUGAAAAAAAAAGAAGAAAAAAAAAAAAAGUACCGACAUUGUAUUUAUUGAUUCAUCGCCCUGACCAAUCGUUGGAUUUAGCCGCGAUGAUCAGUUCCGAGUGUAGAAAGAAUUUUUAAUAUAAUAAUAUUAUAGGAUCAUGCCACUGAUGUUUUUAAAUUUAAUUUUUAAUUCAUUUAUUUCUAAAUUUUAUUGACAUCAAAUGGAAUUUUUUUUUUAUAAUUUAUUUGCUAGUCAGCAUAUGUAAAAAAAAAUAUAUAUCGAUUUCAUUCUGAUUUUAUAUUAUUAAAUUUUUUAAGUUAUUGUUUAAAAUAUAUGAAAAUCUGGUAUUUUAUUAUUUUUUAAAUUACUCAUUUCUUUGAAAAUUAUGUAUUCUGCCCUUUGUAUUUUAUUAAAUUUGAAUAAGAACAAAAAAAAGAAUGGAGAAAUUGUAAAUUUUUUUCGGUGGCAUGAUCUCAGAGAAUUAAGAAGAAAAUUAAAAAAAUAUAUGACUGAAAGUUACUAUGUAUUAAAAAAAAGAAAAAAAAAUAGAAACUGAUUUGGACUCUAUAGGGUUUAAUGUUAAGUAAUUUUUCGCUAUAAGGACUUUGUAGUCGUUAUCGCAAACGAAUUUGUUACAUAUAUGAAGUGAUAUGAAAUAAUAUUAAUAUGAAAAUCAUUGAAUAUUGAUAUUAUAUA